UUCCAGAGGGAGCCGAUAUGAGUGGUGCACUCGGCCAAAAGCCGGAAGUGGCAGACUUUGCGGCUUUUUGAGAAAGGGGAACGUUUGAGGCGCUUGAGUCGAAACGAGAGAAAUCCUGCUUUUGUUCUUUUGAAGGCGGGGGCUCUCUUGUUUUCCUUUAGCUUCGAGAGGAGUCACUGAAGCAAGCGCCAUGGGGAAGAGGCAGCACCAGAAGGACAAAAUGUACAUAACAUGUACAGAAUAUACACAUUUUUACGGAGGAAAAAAAGCAGAAAUUCCACAGUCCAACUUCAGGCGCCUACCUUUUGACCACUGCAGCUUAUCUUUGCAGCCAUUUGAAUAUCCUGUUUGCACUCCAGAAGGCAUCAUCUUUGACUUGUUAAAUAUCGUCCCUUGGAUAAAGAAGUAUGGAACGAACCCAAUCACAGGAGAAAAAAUCGAUGCCAAAUCUCUCAUCAAGCUGAACUUUGCUAAAAACAGUGAUGGUAAAUACCACUGUCCAGUGCUCUUCACCGUGUUCACCAAUAAUUCCCACAUUGUGACAAUCAAGACGACAGGAAAUGUGUUUGCUUAUGAGGCGGUCGAACAACUGAAUAUAAAAACAAAGUCUUUCAAGGACCUGCUAACAGAUGAGCCCUUUACUAGGCAAGAUAUUAUUACACUACAGGAUCCAACCAACUUGGACAAAUUUAAUGUCUCCAGUUUUUUCCAUGUUAAAAACAACUUGAAAGUUACAGAUCCAGAUGAGGAGAAAGCAAAAUCCGACCCAUCCUACUACCUGAAGAAUGCAAACGUAGAGACCCGAGAGACGCUCUCAGAGCUCUAUAAGGAGUUCAAAGGAGAUGAGGUUCUGGCCGCAACGAUGCGGGGGCCUGAGAAAAAGAAAGUGGAUAAACUGAAUGCGGCUCACUACUCCACUGGCAGGGUGAGCGCCUCUUUCACCUCAACAGCCAUGGCCCCUGAGACGAUGCACGAAGCAGCUGCUAUUGAUGAUGACGUGGUGCGCUACCAGUAUGUGAAGAAGAAAGGCUAUAUUCGACUGCACACCAACAAGGGAGACUUGAACCUCGAGUUGCACUGUGACAUGACCCCCAAAACCUGUGAGAACUUCAUUAAACUAUGUAAGAAGAAUUACUACGAUGGAACCAUUUUUCACAGAUCAAUUCGCAAUUUUGUGAUCCAAGGGGGCGAUCCAACUGGCACAGGAACAGGAGGUGAGUCGUACUGGGGGAAGCCCUUCAAAGAUGAGUUCAAGCCCAACCUGUCGCACACGGGACGUGGCAUCCUCAGCAUGGCCAACACAGGACCCAACAACAACAAAUCCCAGUUCUUCAUCACAUUCCGCUCUUGCGCGUAUCUAGACAAGAAGCACACCGUCUUUGGAAGAGUGGUUGGCGGCUUUGAAACCCUGACGGCAAUGGAAAACGUGGAGAGCGAUCCCAAAACUGACCGGCCCAAGGAGGAAAUCCGAAUUGAGUCAACAACUGUUUUUGUGGAUCCAUACGAAGAAGCCGAUGCUCAGGUUGCCAAGGAGCGAGAGAAGGCCCAGGAAGAGGAAGAGGCAGCCAAGGGGGCCGCCAAAGCCAUGGCUCCCAAGAAGGAGAGCCACGCACCCAAAACGUACCGUGAGGGGGUCGGGAAGUACAUUAAUAUUGCAGCUACGAAGCGAGUGGCGGACGACGAAGGCCCAUCCACCAGCGCAGCUUCCAAGAAAGAGAGAAAAGGCACCGGUUUUGGAGACUUCAGUUCUUGGUAGACGAUGGAUGGACUCGAAAAUGAUUUCAAAUGUGAUAGACCAGGUUGGUGCUUUUCUUUCCACCCACAAAAAAGCACAUACCCUUAACAUGCCUUCAUUUAAGACUUCCAUUUUCUGAAGUGGCUGUCCUUGGACACAGUUUCUAACCUCUCCACUCUGUGACUUUGCGAGCAGGGUUCCAGGGUAAAGCAAAAAGGUGUGAACUGUGCAGUAUCCCUUUUCUUCAUCUGCUUCAGCUGCCCUCAAGCUGACAGAAUUGACCAGGAUCAGAACAUUUCAGCAGCCAGAAUGUACCCAGAAACCCUGAUCGUAGGGGACAAUUGUACAGAUUAGUUAAGAUUCCUGCUCAGGAAUGGCUUGUAUAUUGCUUUGGGAAAUCGUCCCUUUCUUUUACAGCUCAGUUUAUUUUUUUAAAAGAACACCUUGAUAGAAAAAUCUAGCUGAAUGAAUCCUGUGAAAUAUUCAUAGUUGAAGAUUCCAUUUCAGUUUGUCCCGGAUCAUGCCAGCAGAGUGUUGUUAUGUUAUUCUCUUGCCAGGAAAUUAGUCAGCCAUAUUUUCUAAGAUCUUUGCAGGAGUCUGGGCUCAUUGGAGGAAAUGGUUGGGGCACUUGGUCAGUUUGGCCCCCAUGGACAAGAACAGACGAGAACUUCAGUGUGUAGGGUAUUAAAUGAGAGCUUUUUUCUACCAAGAGGUGAAAACAAGAGGCCAAAAUGUGACAUUUGGACAGUUUUGUUAAAGAUCUGUUAAUCCUGUUUAUGAUAACUCAGCUGUAAUUUCUAAUGUAUAUUAAUGUAGGCCUUUUGAUGCUUAACGAGCUUGGGGAACAAAAUAAAAUAGAGAUGCACACAGUGCAUGUUGUAUUUAUAUGGGCGCACAUGGCCUGUUGUGUCCAGAUAUAUAUACAUGCAGAGGACUAUGCCCACCUGUCUGUGUGUUCACUCACACAUACACCAUCAGAGGCCUUGUCCAUCCUGUCUGCAGCAGUCAGACUCCCUUCUGGUGUCUAAAGGGCUUCCUGCCAUGCUAAUUGUCUAAAGUACCCACAGCAAAACGUGAUACUACCAAGAAUGUGACUGUUUUAUGAGUAUGCUCACAGUUGUAUAGUCCAACAUGUUCUGUGGGAGGAGUAACCACAAAGAGAACCAGUGAGUUCAACAAAACAACUGAAGGCUUUUAUUGUGAUACCUCAAAUAGAUACAAUAAAGUGAAACAACAAAUUGUGUACAGUAUUGCUAAGACAAAAAACCAGAAAGAAGCCACGUCAGCUGCAAAAGAAAGCAGGUUUUAAAGUGUUUCAGCAUUGAGGCACAAUUCAAUUGCCACCAAGGGCUUCUCAGAAAUCCCAGUCUGUUUAGUACAUUGUCUAGAAUGGGUUGUUUUUCAGCUAACAGUGUAUGUGGCGCUACCAAAGAAUGACCCUUGAACGUUUGCUUCUAUUUCAUUCUCGCCCCAUUGGUCUCAUAUACACACAUGUAAUGUAUAUCCACGUAUAGAUAUGGAUAUCAAAAUGUGACAAUCUGGGAAUGUCAGUAUAAAACACGUUUUAUCAUUGAAGCUUAUUAUCUCAGUCAAAAAAUAAAGUCAUAUAUUGAAAACCUCA